AUGGGGAAGAAGUGGAAGAGCCCGAGUGAGGUGGAGAAAGGCUGCUCGGAGCAGGCGGAAGCGGGCAGGAGACGGAGCAGGAGCGCCAGCCGCGGGAGGUUUGCUGAGUCCUGGAAAAGGUUAAGCUCGAGGCAGGGUUCCACCAAGCGGGCUGGGCUCGCCUCCCAGCAGGCGCCGGCUCAGAAAUCAUGGAUAGAGAGAGCAUUUUACAAGAGAGAAUGUGUUCAUAUCAUACCCAGCACCAAAGACCCCCAUAGGUGUUGCUGUGGGCGUCUAAUAGGUCAACAUAUUGGAUUGACGCCAAGUAUCUCCAUUAUUCAGAAUGAGAAAAAUGAAAGCAGACUCACUCGAAAUGACAACCAGUCAGAGAAGUGGUCCAUCAGCAAGCACACUCAGCUCAGCCCAACUGAUGCCUUUGGGACCAUUGAGUUUCAAGGAGGGGGUCACUCCAAUAAAGCCAUGUAUGUACGUGUGUCUUUUGACACAAAGCCUGAUCUUCUUCUACACCUGAUGACAAAAGAGUGGCAGCUUGAGCUCCCCAAGCUUCUCAUCUCUGUGCAUGGAGGCCUUCAGAAUUUUGAACUUCAGCCAAAACUCAAGCAAGUCUUUGGGAAAGGUCUGAUUAAAGCCGCCAUGACAACUGGAGCAUGGAUAUUCACUGGAGGAGUAAACACAGGAGUCAUUCGGCAUGUUGGAGAUGCAUUAAAGGAUCAUGCCUCAAAAUCCCGAGGGAAGAUCUGUACCAUUGGUAUAGCCCCCUGGGGAAUAGUAGAGAACCAAGAGGACCUGAUUGGCAAAGAUGUGGUCCGACCAUACCAGACAAUGUCCAAUCCUAUGAGCAAACUGACAGUACUCAAUAGUAUGCACUCCCAUUUCAUUCUGGCUGACAAUGGGACUACUGGCAAAUAUGGAGCAGAAGUGAAACUUCGUAGACAGCUGGAAAAGCACAUCUCACUUCAGAAGAUAAACACAAGAAUUGGGCAAGGGGUUCCAGUGGUGGCACUUAUUGUGGAAGGAGGGCCCAAUGUUAUCUCUAUUGUCUUGGAGUACCUACGAGACACUCCACCUGUUCCUGUUGUGGUAUGUGAUGGCAGCGGCCGGGCGUCUGACAUCCUUGCAUUUGGUCACAAAUAUUCAGAAGAAGGAGGACUUAUCAAUGAGUCUUUGAGGGACCAGUUACUAGUUACUAUCCAGAAGACUUUUACCUACACUCGAACCCAGGCACAGCAUCUCUUCAUAAUCCUCAUGGAGUGCAUGAAGAAAAAGGAGCUGAUUACAGUAUUUCGCAUGGGAUCGGAAGGACACCAGGACAUUGAUUUAGCUAUCCUGACAGCAUUACUAAAAGGAGCUAAUGCAUCUGCUCCAGACCAACUGAGCCUAGCUUUGGCCUGGAACAGAGUAGACAUCGCUCGCAGUCAGAUCUUUAUUUAUGGGCAACAGUGGCCGGUGGGAUCCCUUGAGCAGGCAAUGCUGGAUGCCCUGGUAUUGGACAGAGUGGAUUUUGUGAAAUUGCUCAUUGAGAAUGGAGUAAGCAUGCAUCGGUUUCUCACCCUCUCCCGACUAGAGGAACUGUACAAUACGAGACAUGGACCAUCCAACACUUUGUAUCAUCUAGUGAGGGACGUCAAAAAGCGAGAAUAUCCAGGUUUCGGUUGGAUCUAUUUUAAGGGUAACCUACCUCCGGAUUACAGGAUAAGUCUGAUUGAUAUUGGCCUGGUAAUUGAGUACCUGAUGGGAGGAGCUUAUCGCUGCAACUACACCCGAAAACGGUUCAGAACCCUCUACCACAAUUUGUUUGGACCCAAGAGGCCAAAAGCCCUGAAACUUCUGGGAAUGGAGGAUGACGUCCCUUUGCGAAGAGGAAGGAAGACCACAAAGAAACGAGAAGAAGAAGUGGAUAUUGAUUUGGAUGAUCCUGAGAUUAACCAUUUCCCUUUCCCCUUCCAUGAGCUGAUGGUGUGGGCUGUGCUGAUGAAGCGUCAGAAGAUGGCCCUCUUUUUCUGGCAGCAUGGGGAGGAGGCUAUGGCUAAAGCUCUGGUGGCCUGUAAACUCUGCAAAGCCAUGGCCCACGAGGCAUCAGAAAAUGACAUGGUGGAUGACAUAUCCCAGGAGCUGAACCACAACUCCAGGGAUUUCGGCCAGCUGGCGGUGGAGCUGUUGGACCAAUCGUACAAGCAGGAUGAGCAGCUGGCAAUGAAACUGCUGACCUACGAGCUGAAGAACUGGAGUAACGCCACGUGCCUGCAGCUUGCGGUGGCAGCCAAGCACAGAGAUUUCAUUGCUCACACUUGCAGCCAAAUGCUGCUCACAGACAUGUGGAUGGGCCGGCUCCGGAUGCGCAAAAAUUCAGGUCUAAAGGUAAUUCUAGGAAUUCUACUUCCUCCUUCAAUUCUCAGCUUGGAGUUCAAGAACAAAGAUGACAUGCCUUACAUGUCUCAGGCCCAUGAGAUCCAUCUACAAGAGAAGGAGCCAGAGGAACCAGAAAAACCAGUAAAGGAAAAGGAAGAGGAGGACAUGGAACUCACAGCAAUGUUGGGCCGAGGGAAUGGAGAAUCAUCAAGAAAGAAGGAGGAAGAAGAAGUUCACAGCAGACACAGACUGAUCCCUCUCGGAAGAAAGAUAUAUGAGUUCUACAAUGCACCCAUAGUUAAGUUUUGGUUCUACACGUUGGCAUACAUCGGGUACCUGAUGCUGUUCAACUACAUUGUGCUAGUGAAGAUGGAUCGUUGGCCUUCUACACAGGAAUGGAUAGUUAUCUCCUAUAUUUUCACACUGGGAAUAGAGAAGAUGAGAGAGAUAUUGAUGUCAGAACCUGGGAAGCUGUUACAGAAGGUAAAAGUGUGGCUCCAAGAGUACUGGAAUGUUACAGACCUCAUAGCAAUUCUCCUGUUCUCUGUUGGAAUGAUACUUCGUCUGCAGGAUCAGCCAUUCAGGAGUGAUGGGCGAGUCAUAUACUGUGUUAACAUAAUUUACUGGUAUAUACGUUUGUUAGACAUCUUCGGCGUGAACAAGUAUUUGGGACCAUAUGUUAUGAUGAUUGGGAAAAUGAUGAUAGACAUGAUGUAUUUUGUCAUCAUUAUGUUGGUGGUUCUGAUGAGCUUUGGUGUCGCAAGGCAGUCAAUUCUUUUCCCCAAUGAAGAGCCUUCGUGGAAGCUGGCAAAGAACAUUUUUUACAUGCCCUAUUGGAUGAUCUAUGGGGAAGUGUUUGCAGACCAGAUAGACCCUCCCUGCGGCCAGAAUGAAACCAGAGAGGAUGGCAAAAUAAUCCAGCUGCCCCCCUGCAAGACAGGAGCAUGGAUCGUUCCAGCCAUCAUGGCAUGCUACCUCUUGGUUGCAAAUAUCCUUUUGGUGAACCUCCUCAUUGCUGUUUUUAACAACACAUUUUUUGAAGUCAAAUCUAUAUCCAACCAAGUGUGGAAAUUUCAGAGGUAUCAAUUAAUCAUGACAUUUCAUGAAAGGCCAGUCCUACCACCUCCUAUGAUUGUUUUCAGCCACAUGACUAUGAUUUUUCAACACCUCUGCUGCAGAUGGCGGAAACAUGAAAGUGACCAAGAUGAGAGAGACUAUGGACUAAAACUGUUCAUAACUGAAGAUGAACUAAAAAAAGUGCAUGACUUUGAGGAGCAGUGCAUAGAAGAAUAUUUUAGAGAAAAGGAUGAUAGAUUCAAUUCUUCCAAUGAUGAAAGAAUCCGCGUCACUUCUGAAAGGGUAGAGAACAUGGCCAUGCGCCUGGAGGAGGUGAACGAACGAGAACAUUGUAUGAAGGCUUCCCUUCAGACUGUAGAUGUCAGGCUUGCUCAGCUGGAGGAUAUGAUAGGACGAAUGGCUGCAGCCUUAGACAAGCUGACUGGUAUAGAGAGAGGGGAAACUACCAAGAUACGAUCUAGAACCUCCUCAGACUGCACAGAUGCAGCCUACAUUGUGAGACAGAGCAGCUUCAAUAGCCAGGAAGGGAACACUUACAAGCUUCAAGAGAGUAUAGAUCCUGCAGGAGAGGAGUCAAUAUCCCCAACCUCUCCUACUGUCACGCCCCGCCUGCGAAGCCACUCUUUUUAUGCAGUGAAUAUGAAAGACAAAUGUGGGUUAGAAAGGUUGGAAAAUAUUUUUAAAGAAAAGUCUGUGAGCCUGCAUCGAGCGAGUAGCUCACACUCUGUAUCAAAAGAAGCAAAAGUACCGUUAGCCCCUACAAGCACUUUGUCAAUUGCCCCAGACUCCAGAAGGCCUUCGUCUUGCAUAGAUAUUUAUGUUUCUGCCAUGGAUGAGUUGCAUUCUGGUAUAGAACCUCUCGACAGUUCAAUUAAUAUACUUGGUACCGGAGACCCAUCUCUGCAGGCUCAAAUAGCCUCUUCUGUUCUAGCAAACAAUGUGUAUAUUAGCAGUAUUCCCAGUGACAGAAUUUCUGGCAGGAGCAUUGAUUGUGAGGAAACCUCUACAAUGGAAACAAGAGUGUUUUCUUCAGACUAUUCACAUAUCACAGAUAGCCAAAACCUCUGGGAUUCAGACCCUCCUUUGUAUCAGACCUUAGAGCGAUCUAAAAGCAGUCGCUAUCUUGCUACUACCCCAUUUAUUCUGGAGGAAACCCCAAUCGUGAAGUCUCAUAGUUUUAUGUUCUCUCCUUCUCGGAGCUAUUUCAGCAGCCUUGGGGUGCCAGUUAAAACAGCAGAGUACACAAGUAUUACAGACUGCAUAGACACCAGGUGUGUCAGCGCUCCCCAGAAUAUUGCAGAAAGAUCCAGUUUUCCUGGAAAUCAUGGAGACAAAGUGGAGGACUUGGGAUGCUGCCACCCGGAGAGAGAAGCAGAGCUAAGUCACCCAAGCUCUGAUAAUGAGGAUAUUGAGGCCAAAGACAAAAAGGGGGCUUCCUUAUCUCCUCAAGAGAGCAGCACAGCAAGAACACUGUCCAACAACAUACCGCUUCCAAAAAUAGAGAGGGCCAACAGUUACUCAGCAGAUGAGUCCAGCAUGUUGUAUGCACACACAAGGAAAAGCUAUUCUAUCAGUGAUAAACUUGAUAGACAGCGUAACACAACGGGCCCACGAAAUCCAUUCCAGAGGAGUAAGUCAUCCAGACCGGAGAGUAGAGGAGACAACUUGUCUAUGAGAAGACUGUCUAGAACAGGCGCUUUCCCUAGCUUUGAAAGCAAGCACAGCUAGACAUGCAUAACAGGAGGUCUAAGAGUCAUCUGCUCUCCAGUCCAUUUUCCUUAGCAGAAUAAAAUAACCUCACAACGUGAUAUGUCAACUAAAGUCAGAGUCUGUCACUGGUCAGGUUAGCACUUUGUUAAUCUCAUUGUCGCACACUGAGUUACUGGAUCCUGACCGAGUUGAUAUUUGCACUUAAGGAAAGAGGGAGGGAGGAAAGCUUUAUAAACACUUAAAUUAAAAAAAGAAAAGAAAGGAAAGAAAAAAACACCCUCACGAAGCCUUGAGUAGGUUCAGAAAUCUGCCUUUUACUAGAAGACAUCCUAGGAUUUCUGGUAAUUAUUCAUGAAUUUCUAGGACACAAGGCUAAAUUGGCAAAAAGAAAAGCAUACAAAUGAGACACUCUAAACUGAUUUCUUUUUACAUCAGUUCCAUCAUUGCAAUGACUGAGGAAGAGCAUAAUUGUAGUCUAGAGAAAUGAGCUAUAAGCAAAUCCUAAAGCUCCCCCACUUCUGCAACUGAUCAUUGUAAAGAUAAACAAGGCAACAAUCAUAUAGUUCACCUGUCUCUUUUUGUAUUGAAUUCUAGUGCCACAAAAUGUUUAUAUUUUCAAGAUGGGAAAGGAAAAAGAACUGCCUUUUGUAU